AUGAAAGGCGAGUGGGAUUCGAGCGAUGAGGAAGAAAAGCUUUUAGCCUUUCGUGAGAGACAUCGGAAACAGGUUUCAUCCGUGCUUACACAAUUACCACGUGCUCAAGACAGUGGCAGUGCCAUACCGACUGAUUCAAGUCCCAGUGUACAGUCUACAGCGCUGACUACGUACAGUUCUUCAGGUUUUGAAGGUCUUUAUGAAUCAACAGAGUGUACAAGCAAUGAAAGUAGUAAUUACAGUAGUUUUGGCAACUAUACACGACCAAGAAAAGCCUUUACAGGACUAUCGAAUCAAGGAGCGACGUGCUAUAUGAAUAGCUUACUACAGAGUAUGUAUAUGACACCAGAAUUUCGUCAAGGAUUGUAUAGAUGGACAUGCGAUAAUGCAGUCAAGAAAGCAAUAAAUCAGGAAGAGGAACAAGAGAUGAAAGAAGAGGAAGAACUGGAGAAGGAGGAGGAGGAGGAGGAAGAGGCAGAUGAAGACAAUAUUCCGUUGCAACUCCAGAAUCUAUUUGCCAAGCUUCAACUUACGACACAAGACGCUAUUUCUACUAAAGAUUUGACGAAAAGCUUUGGAUGGACAGGAUCAGAUGUUUUCCAGCAACAUGACGUGCAAGAGCUGUGUCGAGUGCUGCUAGAUGCUUUGGAAAAAUCGUUUAACGGUACGGUAAAUGAAAAUCUUGUCAACGAUCUAUACCAGGGAUCUUUGAAGGAUUACGUGCAAUGUUGUGAAUGUGGAUAUGAAAGCUCAAGGAUUGACAAUUUUCUCGACUUGUCGCUGGUCAUUCGUCCUUUUGGAUCGACGGAAAUGAUGAAAACUGUGGAGGAGGCCAUUGAACUAUUUCUGCGUCCAGAAGUAUUGGAUAAAGAGAACCAAUGGGUGUGUGAUCGGUGCAAGGUGAAACGAGAUGCAAUAAAAGGAUUGAAAUUCUCGAAGCUGCCGUAUAUUUUGAUGCUGCAGCUGAAACGUUUUGACUUUGAUUAUGCCACGAUGAACCGCAUCAAAUUGCACAACAAAGUGACCUUCCCGAAGUAUUUGGAUAUGAAUUCGUAUGUGAGUGACGAAAAUGGUGGCGCUCGAGGUAAAAUUGCCCGAAAAAUGUCAAUGGAACGGCACGAACUGGAGGGCAAAAAUCACCAUAGAUUGCUUGAAGAUUCGGCGCCAACAACAUCGUCUUCCCCCCCUCCAACGCCUCUACUUGCAGCAAUGGGUGAAAGAAUGCAUCGACUAUCAUCUAUGAAUGAAUCACAGCCGACAACCUUUGAACAAUGCGAGGCAAAGAAGGAUGACAUCAAUGAGGACAAUGAGAUCCAUGGUUCUGCUUCGUUUGACACGUGGAGUCCUGCAUUUGACCCUGAUGUCAUGAUUAAGCGCUCAGGACCCCACGUGUAUGAGUUGUACUCUGUGCUUAUCCAUUCUGGCAGUGCACUAGGUGGUCAUUAUUAUGCGUAUAUAAAGUCUCUGGAGUCGGGCAAAUGGUACAACUUUAAUGAUUCUAAUGUUAGUGAAAUUUCUGACACAGAGCUCAAGACGGCGUUUGGAGGUGCCAGUGGUUCUAACUAUAGUAUGCGCUAUAGUACUUGUGCAUAUAUGCUCCUUUACCGCCUGGUUUCUGCACAAAAGAAUGUCAACGUGAUCUUACCGGAGAGCAUUCCUCAAUAUUUAAAAGAUAAGAUUCGCGCUGACGAAGAAAAGAUACAAAGACUUGAACAGGAGCGGCAAGAGAUGGCAAAGAAGGUACAAGUGAAGUUUUUUAUGAAGGGAUUCAAGCCAAAAAACAUUGAAAAGGCAAUUUACCUAUACAAGACAUCAACAGUUCGAGAAGCGCUGGAAAUAGCAUGCAAGGAAUUUGCAAAGGAGAAGGACGUCAUUGUCCCUUCUGUUGAGAAUGUGAGGUUACGGGGUUAUAAUGACUAUAAUUGCUUGCUUUCUGAUACGUACAACGGCAAGGAGGAUAUGUUGUUGUCAUCGCUAGGAAUCUACGCAGGCCAACAGGUUUUCCUAGAGGUUAAAAGCCAAGAUGAGGAAUGGGAUGAGUACGACCCGACAAAACUACAGCUCUUUAUUCGUCAAUUCAUUGAUCCAAAAUCCGACAGCAAUAGCCAUACGUCUGAUACCUCGCGAAUGGCGAGGUGUGUUCAGGUGGACGAGGAUGCAAAUGUUGCGUCUCUCUGUGCCUUGAUUGCAAAGAAGUUCUCCGUUCUAGCGGGCCGCAAAAUUCGCCUAAUUAAGAAAAGUGCAACCACAUACAACAUUUCUGCGGCCAAGAUCUUGAAUGCAAAUGAACAAAAGCGGACGCUGAGUUUGCGAUUGAAGAUGGAUCUACAUCUUGUAAAUGGAACGGAGUUGUACUUCGAGGAGACGUCAGACCUCACGCUUCCGUCACCUGCUGAGGCGUUCUUUGAGCGUGAGUCCAACAUGAUUGUAAUCAACUUCAAGUAUCUGACGAGCCCACCGCAGCAAUUGCGGAUCGAUAGACGAGAGACAAUCCGAGCGCUGAAGGAGAGAAUUGGCGCUGCAAUUGGGCUACCCUCAAACUCAUUCAAGCUUUUACGUGGCAUUAACAGUGCAGGCGUAGAAAUUAAGGCGAUCGAUAGCACUUUGUCCAAACUGUCAAUCGGGUCGAAUCACACAGUCUUCGCUUUGGAAGGCACUCCGCUGAACACCGGAGAGUAUAACUUCAGGUUGAUGUUUUACCAACCGGCUGCAGAGAGUGCUGACAGUGAUAGCCAGGCUCAGUCUAUCGUUGCGAACACGUUAGCAGAUAGUAAUGACAGCCAGGAUUUGUUUGAUAUUGAUGAAGUGCUAGUGACCAUAGGGAAGGAUGACUCUUUGCUGAAGUUUGUGAACCAAAUCGUUAUUAGCGAGGAGAUGCUGGUCGAAGACAUUCGUCGAAAAGUCUGGGAUGAGUUGGUGGAGAAAAACUUUGUAGAUGCUAAAGACGGAAGUUUGGCUCCAUCACACAUCCGUCUUCGCGAUUUGCGUCAAAACACGAUGACAAGCGUGUUGGUGGAUGGCCAAAAGCUCGUGGAGGCAUCAAAACUGGCAGUAUACGAAGGAAGAAGCAUUGUUGCAGAAAUCUUGACGGAGCCAGAAACCCUAGAAGUCAGUCACCGGAUUGUCGAGUUUGUGUAUGUAAAUCGCAGAACGUGGCGUUUUGUCAAGCACUUGCGGCGUGAGGUGAUAAUUUCAGCCUUAGACGAGGAGAACCACCCUGAAACGUAUUUGGCGGAAGCUGCUAGCGCUGCGUUGUCCAUACCACCGGAACGGCUACGCUUUGCACGUAUCCCAUAUCAUCGUGAUUCGAUUGACAUUCUUGAAGUAAGUUCAUACGAGUUUUUGCCUGGUGCCACAUUUACGCGAAUGGAAACCGAGUAUCAAGAACUCUUCUUGGUCGUUGACAUGACCGUGCAAGUGGCGCAUAGUAGUACCCAUGAGCGCCAGCUUAUUCAAGACUUCUUGUCAAAAAAAAGCGAGGAAAAGAUGCGAGCACAACGCGCAAGUUACGCGUCUAGUGGAAAUAGCACGUAUCAGUAUCAGAAGCCCAAAGAAGCUGCGCUGGUCAUCCGCACUCGAUCUAGAACGAGUGAGCACAAAGGUGCUGGAAGCGUAGGGAGCAGCAUUGGCAAAAAUUCGAAUGGAGUGAGCAUCCAAACGCCAACUCGUCGUGCUGGAACAACUGCAGCGCGUCACCAUGCCUCGUCCGAUACUGAUGAUGAGGAUGACAUCGAUUCAUGA